AGAUCUGUGAAAAUCUUUAAAGGCAUGUGUUUUGCCAUAUAUGCAAGUGAAUCAACUUGCCAGAUAAAAGUUUGCUGCCUAAAUAUGAUUACUAGGAAAGCCAAGUCUCUCUUCCUGGAUUUCUUCUCCUAUAAACCGCCUGUUGAUACCUACCCACUUCUCUAUGGAGCACAGAUGAAGGAUAUUGGUCAUCUCCAGCAUCUAGCACAACGUCUGCAAUGGAACAGGCGAGCUGUGAAUAUUUGUGGAAUGCAUGGGUGGACUAAAGACCUAUCACCUCACUCUAGAAUGCCCAGCAUGUUGGAGCAUGUUAAGCACUAUAUGAGCUGCUGAGGAUACAGGAAUAAACAACAACACAGGUGUGUCCUCUGCCCAAACCAGGCAUAAAUGAGCUUCCAAAUGAACACAAACAAAUCUGGAAGGCUUUUGAGGAAGAAGGACCAUUAAAAAAGCUGCUGACGACUGCCUGGAAUCUGGUUUGGAGCAUCUCCAAAGCCAAUGUACUUUCCCCCAAGAAAAUACAGGAAGAUCUCUCUGCCCAGGCUUGGAAAUACAUAAGGAUCAGGUUUGCCAUCCUCUACUUUAGGGUGACUUUAACAUAAUUCAAUGCCCACUGACUGCUUUUCUCCUACGGGUAAAGUAACAAACAAAGGAGUCAACUCUCAGGAGCUCUCUCUUUCAUCUGCUUUAUGUUGCCAUU